ACGGAAUUUGUGACUAACUUUAUCUGUUAUGGUGCCUCUGAGGAGAUAACAUGAAAAUUGUUGUUAAAAAAGAAAUGAAAUUGCUUUAUGUUUAUGUACGAUUUGCAUAUCUGGGCCGGUAUUCAUAAAGCUACAUAGGAACAAAUAUGCCUUAGUUAUUGAGAUUUGCCUUAGUUUUCUACAUUUUCUCCUAAGUUGAUAGGACAUAUCUUAAGUGUUAUUCAUAAAGCACCUUAGUCUAAAAAUCUCCUUAAUUCGAUCAUGUUUUCCUUAAGUUGAUGAUUUUUUUACCUUAAAAUGUAAGGUACCUAAACAUGUACCUGUACAUGUAUGGAAGGGAAAACAAAAAUGGUGGAUUAGAAGCCGACACUUUUCUUUUCGGUUAGAUACAAGAUAUUUGUGGUAAGAUUCCAAACAAAAUUUUAGCCUAAGACCUAAGCACAUAUUGAUAUUAUAAAUAUCACAACAGCUUUAAUCGUACCGGACAGCGUAGUAUAUGUAAACUUCCGGUGAAUUUUCAACGAAAAAAAGACAAAGAUCCACCAAGAUUUUGCGGUCAUCUUAAGCGUAGGAAAUGCUGCCAGAAAAUAUCUAGGAUGCUACGGAUAGAGGAAUAUGUAAAUUUCGUCAUUGUACAUUAACAAAUCAUAAAUACUGUUAAGCUGCUAGAAAAUCCAUAUCAAAAUAAUAGGCUGUCAAACUAUUAGCUUAAAUUCAUUCGCUCAUCGAGUUGAAACACCAUGGAACAAUUUACUAGCUGAGCUAAUAAAUGAAAAAACUGUUGACACUUUUAAAACAAGGCCUGACGAGCACUGGAUUAAUAAACGUUAUGAUAUGUCAGAUAUAUACUGAGAGAAGUUUUGAAUUUUAAUGUUUCUGACCAGGUGCAAAAUACCUAAUAAAUUCAGCAGUAUCUAUACCAAAGAAAAAUAUAAGCACCAGUUAUCGACUGUAUAAAUAGGGAAUCGACACAGACCGGAGCCGUCGACGAGAGAUAACAGAAAUUGAAUGGGGAAUAUACAUGUACGCCAUAGCAGGGCGUCGAAAAUUCCCCUGUCAACAAAAGGUAACAAAAGGUUUAAAAGUAUUUUUGGAAUUGCCUUUCUACUUGUGCUCUCAAUAAACUUUAUAUGGAUGGCUUCAUCAACAACUGCGACAAUGUUAUCAUUGAAAAAUGUGUUCAAAGAGGAUGAAUUAGUAAAUAAAUCAACUAAGAUUAGGCAAAAAAUUAAAAGGAUAGCUUUUUUGAAAAUACCUAAGACUGGUUCAAGUACAUUUUCAUGCAUAUUCGUCAGGUUUGGAAUAAAUCAUAAUCUUACAGUGUUUCUUGCAAGGAACAAUUUUAUAUCAGACAUUCAACAAAAGCUUUUAGUAGAACACGGACAACAUUUUGAUAUUUUUGCUACGCAUACAAUAUAUAAUUAUUAUUUUUUCACUCAAAUCGUCCCUGAUCCUGCAAUAAUAGGAAGUGUUCGUGAACCGGGUCAAAGGGUUAUCAGUCACGCCUUUUUUCAACACAAGUACAGAACUUUGCGAAGACACAUGGAACUUUCUGCACAAAGAUUUAUCGAUGAAAUUGUACUUAAUACGUCAAUGUACGGACUUCAAAAUUAUAUGUCCUCUUACUUUGGAAUAAGCAACAGCGAAAUCGAUAGCCGUCUUUCGCAAAAAAUCAUAAAAACUCUAAACUCUGAAUUUUUAAUCGUACUUAUUUUAGAAAGAAUCCACGAGUCCCUAAUUCUUUUAAAACGACUUCUUAAUUGGUCGUUUGCAGACAUAAUUUAUGCAAAGAAAAGGACAACUGAUCACCAGCAAGUGUUUCUUAACAAAAGUCAGACAGAACACAUUCGAUCCACAAACAAAUUGGAAUAUGAAAUUUAUGAUUACUUUUCAAAUGAGCUUACCCGAAAGAUAAAAAAACAAGGAAAUGACUUCAAGGGCGAAGUUGGUCAUUUUAAACAUAUUCUCAAUGAAACGAGAGUAUUUUGCGAAAACGCGUCUACGUAUGAGAAAAUACAUAUAUUUCCUCAAUCGAAAUGGGAUGCAAGUUUUUCGAUUAGUCUUGAAGAUUGUAAUAUGAUAUUCAAAAUGGAUAUGAGAACAUUUAAAGCAGGCAAUACAUUUAUCCGUUUUACAUAAGUGAGAUUCCUAAGUUAACUGUUGCUUUUAUUUAGUCCAACGUAUCUCAUUACCUCAUACCUAUAUAGAUGAACAUAGACAGAUAUCUAUGAUUCUUUUCGGUAUUUCCUCAAAUAGUUAAAAGUUAACAAGGGCAUAGACAAGACAAUUUAAUGAUUUUGUUGAGUAUAUAUGUACAAUCAACACGUCUUUUAUUUGUCCGUUGUGUCAAUUAACUUUCUGAUAUUAUCGAAUUUAUAUUGAGAAACAGAAUUACAUUCUGACAAUAAGAUCAUCUGUCAUUUUAGUAAAUGAUGAACUUUUA